AUGGCUGAGAGCAUCUAUGAUAUUCGGGAGCUUCCGCCGGACCAGAGAAUCCUGGCAGGUCAAACAUAUCGGAAUCGUCUCUAUUACAUAGCACAGGCUGCAGUAUGGACGACCUACCUUUAUUUCACCAUACGGUUGCUCUUACUUCUUACUGCUCAAUCGCAGACAUGGCAAACUUGGGCAAUGCUUUUUGUGGAAGCUAUCUUCGCUCACUUUUCUUGGAAGGAACAAAGCCUGUCUGUUGCUGCAAGCAAGGUCUCGCAAGGUGGACCGCGCAAGCGGCUUCGUUUGCACGGGACCAAGAAUUUACCCCGUGUUGACGUGCUUAUACCAUGCUGUGGCGAGUCAGAGGAUGUGAUUCUAGACACUGUGCGAGCAGCAUGUACUCUGGACUAUCCAGUCACCGACUUCCGAGUUCUAGUACUCGAUGAUGGAAGCUCAGCCCUUUUGAAAAAAGCCGUAUCAGAACUGCGAUCUCAAUGGCCCCAUCUCUCAUACAAUUCCCGUGGCCAACAGUCUGGCCAAGUGUUCGCCAAAUCUGGAAACCUCAACUACGCCCUUGCCACACUGCAGCAGGACGUAGUGCCCGAGUUCUGCACCAUACUAGAUGCUGAUUCCAUCGCAUCGCCCGAAUUUCUCCGUGCCACUCUCCCACACCUAAUUCUUAAUCCAAAAUCUGCAUUGGUUUCCACACGGCAGAACUUCUCCAAUCUUCCCCCUGGUGACCCGCUCUCUCAGGCCCGCUGUCAUUUCUACACCUGCCAGAAUGCCGAGCUGGAUAUUCUCGGGCGCGCUAUAGAUGCGGGGUCUGGUGCUGUUUUCCGCCGCAAGUGUAUCGUGGAUGUGGGCUUGUAUCCGACUUUCUCCUUCUCAGAGGACUGGCAACUUUCUCUGGUCUUGCAAGGCAUGGGUCAUCACACCAUGCAGGUACAAGAACCUUUGCAAUACGGUCUUGUUCCAACAUCUCUCACUGGGCAUAUUGCCCAGAGAAACCGGUGGAACAUUGGACACACGCAACAGAUCAUUGCCAUGCUCUUUGGAAAGCAUAGUUUCCCAGCAAGCUUACGACGGGGAAUUGCGUGGAAUGGUGUGGGAAUCAUUGCUGGUGAAUUGCUCUGCUUGAUAGGCUUCGCUGCAGUGCCACUGCUCUUGCUUUCGGGACCAGUAAUUCCGUCCGCUUGUUCAGGAAUGAUCAUGUUCCAGCUUGCUCUCGCUGUUUUACACGUGUCUUUGACUUGGGCAUAUGAGUAUCUACAAGCUGCACAUGGUGGAUUCCAAAGCGCUCCAUUUGCCCACUUAGAAAAUAAGUGGCUAGCCGGUGGUAAGUUUAAGAUUUUCCCUGUGAAUAUCGGAACUAGUUUAGAUACUCACAUCUUCCCAGGAAAUAUUUUCAGCAUCCUACGAUUCUACUUGUUCUCCAGCAAACCGAGGGGAUCCUUUGUCACGGGAAGCACCGCCAACUCCUGGAACCGCAUCGCUGCUGUAUCUUCUUAUAUGAGAAUUUAUCGAGAUUUAUGGCAGAAUGGCAUUUUUUACAACUUGCUGCUCCUUCUUGUCACGCUUGGUGCCUUUUUGUACUCCACCGCUGUUGGAAUCUUCACGAACGACGAGAUCUUCACUACGAGGCUACUAACAACUCUUGUUUGGCCACCAUUGUUGCACAUUUGCUACUUGGCCCUUGCAAACAAUUGGGUCCCAGUUGCUUACCUGCUAGAUCCACCGCACUACCCAGAGCGUAAGACUGAAUCCAUCAUCUCUCAGCCUGAUGAAUUACCUUGA